GAUUCUCUAUAUUUAUUAUAUGUUAAGCUGUGGUUAAGAGUUUUCCUUUGUCUACGGAUUCGAAUAGACUGCAACGGGAAGCCAAAAGGCAACGAAUUAACUGCAUAUCUAGAGCUUUAGGUGUAAUACGGAAAUUUAUAUGUUCAGGAUCAGACAAGAAAUUAUAAAAGUUUCAUAAAGGUGUAUUGCCUAAAGCUUUUUUUCCCCAUAGUACAUGUAUGAUGUCCCUUUCACGUAAGCGUUUCCGUCCCCUAGAUCCUGCAGAGGAACAGCACAUCCAAUCCAGCCAACGGUUAGGCCUUGAGGUUCUUGAAGAUGAACCAUCCUAUUACUUUAGCUGGCCGGAUGCUUCAUUAACAGCACUCCUUGCGAGUGUUCCAGCCUAUGUUCAGCAGCAUAUCUACCACAAAAAUGUUAUCAAUGAACAUGAAAAUGGCUCGAAGGUUAGUUUCAACAAUGGCGCCCCAUCGUCAAGUUCAGACAGAAGUGGGACAGUUUCCCUAAAUGGUUUGAGCCGACAGACUACAACAACCCCGUCCACAGUCCCUUUGGCUUCGGUGCCAACUGUUUUUGAUCUACGAAAUAAUUGCAGCUUAGGGUGUGUAACUGAUGAUGCUUGGAACGAUAACUUAGGGGAGUUUCUGCAGGACAUGAAGCCUAUUCUGCAUCGAGUUAUCGGUGUAGAGAAUUGUAGCAAUACCGUUGCGAUCACGAUGGCUGGAGAAUUUCCUAAUAAUUCUUUGGAUCUGUCCUGCCCAUCACAACCAAAGAAAUCGAGAAAAGAUAACCGAACAACGUUUUCUUCUUCACCAAGAUGUACGACCUAUGAAGAUUCUAUAUUUUCACUACAUGCAGAGCAGCUAAGUGAUGUUAAGUCCGCUGGAUUAAUUCCCUUUUCCAAUAGAGAUACAACCAAGGUAAAGGAGGAGCAAACACAUGACCAUCUAGAACACGUUGUUGUUAUAUCAACCGAUGACUUAAACCCUGCGAUGGGAGCACAGCAGCCCAUGCAGGAGACUGAUCUUCCUAGUACGCCCUCUGAUUCAGAACUUUGUUUACAACGACGGCGUGUGGAAAAUGAGAUUGUUGCCUUGGAGUGGCGGGCCUUUUACCAAUCCAAGAGAACCGCUGCUGCACUACGGCGAUUGCUAUCGCUGGAGGCUGCAGUUCCUUUUGAACCUUUGACAAGUAGUUUUAAUGAAGUAUCAGCAGAAGCUUCUGGUGAUGAUUAUAAGUCUGAGAAGUGUGGUAGCGCUUGUGAGAGUGGUUUUGAUGUUUGGAGAGAAAAGGUGUAUCGUCUAUGGUUGCAUUGGAGGUUGUGCUCUGCACCAUGUGAUUCCGUUUUUGCUACUCGCUCAACAUCUCCAAACCACCAGACUACUCCUUCCCACUCUGCAUUACUAAAUGCCAAUUGCUCUUCUCAGGAGACAAAUUCCCUCACAGCAUGUUUUCACACACGCUAUCCGUGGGGUCCUUCGCUACUUGUCAGCGCCUAUUUAUACGAUACCCAAAGCGAUUAUUUUAUUGAUCCACAACAAAGUGGCUUUGUCACCACUCCUUCAGUCUCUUCCAUUCUUCCUUCAUCAUCUGCAUCGGUCACAACUCCUUUUGUCAUUCCGAGGCGUCGUGGUAUAUAUAAUUUUUUGCGGUGGCGCAUUGAGCUCUACAUGGCACGUUUGAUUCAGACUAGAAACUCUACUACCACUUCUGGAACUUCUUCGCAUUCAGUGCGACAUGAGUGUGAAACGCAAUCGCCUGUAGAGCAUGACUUUCGUCAGCGUCGCAGCCAAUCACAUGGUAGUAGUGCAACAGAAGCAGAUACUGUGUCCGAAUUCGACAGUAAUAAUCGUAGUAGUAACCACUUUUUGCAAUCUAUUCAACAUCAAAGUACGCUACUAGGGGCCAGUGAAAUUGAUUUUCUUGUGAGCAAAGAAGUAUUGGCAAAACCAUUGAUAGAUGUGGAGCAGGACACACAGCAAAACCGUCUUGACGUGUUGGAAUGUAGAGAUUUAAAGCAAGACGUAGAAAUAUGGCGUGGCUGGUUGUCAAAAGUGUGA